GGUGGUUAUUCUUCAGAGGGGUCUGAAGGAGGAUUUCCUGGCAUUUCCCAGUAAGAAGAAAACAUAACUUAUAGACCAUCUUCUGGCAGAAGAUGAUAGAUUUGGAUCAUAAACGGGAGGCGUUGGAAGCCAGGAAUCAAAAGUGAAGAAAUUCUGCAAGCCCUUGGGUGAGAAAGAUUCCUGUCACUGUAACCAUGCCAGAAAUGACAGAGAAUGAGACUCCUACGAAAAAGCAGCACAGAAAGAAAAACCGGGAGACACACAAUGCAGUGGAGAGGCAUAGGAAGAAAAAAAUCAAUGCUGGGAUUAACAGAAUAGGAGAACUGAUCCCAUGUUCCCCUGCGCUGAAGCAGAGCAAGAAUAUGAUCCUGGACCAAGCCUUUAAAUAUAUAACAGAAUUGAAAAGGCAAAAUGAUGAACUCCUGCUUAACGGAGGAAACAAUGAACAAGCUGAAGAAAUUAAAAAGCUACGUAAACAACUGGAAGAAAUUCAAAAAGAAAAUGGCCGAUAUAUUGAAUUACUGAAAGCUAAUGACAUAUGCUUAUAUGAUGAUCCCACAGUCCACUGGAAAGGAAAUCUUAGAAACUCAAAGGUCUCUGUUGUUAUUCCCAGUGACCAGGUUCAAAAAAAUAUCAUUGUUUAUUCCAAUGGGAGUCAGCCUGGUGGAAACAGCCAGGGAACAGCUGUUCAGGGGAUAACCUUUAAUGUUGGUCAUAAUUUACAAAAGCAAACCGCCAAUGUCGUGCCAGUACAGAGGACUUGCAAUCUUGUGACUCCUGUGUCUAUUUCUGGAGUUUACCCUCCUGAAAACAAGCCAUGGCAUCAGACCACAGUUUCUGCAUUGGCUGCCAACCAGCCUGUUCCUCUUUGUCUUCCGGCUACCGUUCCUGCUCAAAAUCUUCUCGAGCUUGCCACCUCCGAGAGCGAACCGAGUGUGCCUGGUGCCACUGGCAGCUCCCUGGUUGCUGUUCCCGCUGGGCCUGACGCUCACCAGCAUCGUUCCUUGCACACAAGUGUAAAUGAUCAAAAUUCUUCAGAAAAUAAGAAUGGGCAAGAAAACCCCAAAUUGUUGAAGAAAACGGUCCCUUGUGCCACAAGCGUCCCCUCCAGCUCCUCAGCAACUGCCACUAAAGUGAACCAUGGAGGCAAGUCCUGCCCGAGCAUACAGGAUUUCAGAAGCGAUUUGCAGACUACCUUCGUUGUUUCAGUUACCACCACAGUCUGCUCCCAGCCUCCCAGAUCCGCAGGGGAUUCUUGUCCAGUGAGUGUCAGCAAGGGUGCAGACUCAGUAAGUGUUACCGCAGUGGUGGCCCCAUCUGCCCCUGGAGGAGGGAAGACCACCACUCCUGUAAGCAGUCUUUCUGCAAACCCGUUGGGUAAUGGUUGGACUCUUUCUUGUUCUUUGCCUUCUUCAACUGUUAGUGCUUCAGAUUUGAAAAACAUUAAUAGCCUUACCCGGAUUUCCUCAGCUGGAAACACGCAGACAACGUGGACUACUUUGCAACUGGCAGGAAACACUGUUCAGCCCUUAAGCCAGGCACCAUCUUCUGUGACCCCAGUAGUAAAUGAGUCUGGGACUAGCCCUACCAUAACCAUGCACAGUAGACAGGUGGCUGCAGGCGUCAACCUGAAUAAUUCCUUUCCAGCAGAUGGGCAGCCAAUUGAGCAAGUAGUUGUGACCUUGCCUUCCUGUCCAUCUUUACCUAUGCAGCCACUAAUUGCCCAGCCACAAGUGAAAUCUCAGCCCCCCCAAAAUAUCCUUCCAUUGAAUUCAGCAAUGCAAGUGAUUCAGAUGGCUCAGCCAGUGGGGACAGCCGUUAACGCAACUCCAGCUAAUCAAAAUGUUAUCAUUCUUCAGCCACCCAGCACCACUCCAUGCCCAACAGUGAUGCGGGCAGAGGUUCCCAGCCAGACUGUAGGUCAACAGAUAGUGAUCAUACAGGCAGCUAAUCAGAAUCCUUUGCCACUCCUCUCGGCUCCACCUCCUGGUUCAGUUCGACUCCCUGUCAAUGGAGCCAAUGCUAUAAUAGGGUCUAACUCCAUGCAAAAUGUUUCAACCCCACAGACUUUUGGUGGAAAGCAUCUUGUCCACAUACUACCAAGACCUUCAUCUUUAUCAACAUCUAAUUCAACACAAACUUUUUCUGUUACCAUGUCGAAUCAACAACAGCCUCAAACCAUUUCUUUAAAUGGACAGCUCUUUGCUUUGCAGCCUGUGAUGUCUUCAUCAGGAACUACAACCCAAAACCCUAUGCAAAUUAUUCAACCAACCACCAGCGAAGAUCCAAAUACCAAUGUUGCCCUGAAUACAUUUGGCGCUUUGGCUAGCCUCAAUCAAAGCAUAUCACAGAUGGCUGGGCAAAGCUGUGUACAAUUGUCCAUUAGCCAGCCUGCCAAUCCUCAAACUGCUGCAAAUAGUCAGACCACCCCAACUAACUGUGUUUCAUUAACAGCAACUGUAGCAUCUCCCAUGACAGCAGAUAAUGCAGCCACACUACCCAGUAUUUAUAAUCUAGUGACUACUCCCUCGGUAAACACUGUAGCUUGUUUGUCUAGCGUGAAGUCAAAACGGUUGAAUAAGAAGCCAGGUGUCAAGAAACACGUAUCAGCUAACAAGUCGGCAUGCCCCCUGAAUCCAGCCAGAGAUGUGGGCAAGGCGGACUGCCCUGGCACCGAAGGUGCAGCAGAGCCACCCAGUCAUGAUGGACUGCUGGAAAGCCCCCCUCUUGUGUUGCCAUCUGUCACUGUGUCCCAGGCAGAAAGUACUGUGAGUGUUUCUGGUUCACAUUCUUUGGAUGUUCUGAAUUCGGAAUCAGUGAUACCUGAGUCUAUACCCAAAUCUAAGUCAGCAGAAGAGUCUAACUCACCCCCCCAAGAAUCUGUAACAAGUGAACAUUUUGCAGUGGCCCCAGCAAAAUCCAAAGAUUCUGCUCCCAUAGUGCAACGAGAGUCAUCUCAAGAUAAGCCACCAACUAAUUUGGCAUUGUCAGAUGCUGCCAAAUCCUGGACUUCAGCCAAUGUGUUAAUUCCAUCUCCAAAUGAUCCCCACGUUUUGGUUUCUCAGGUUUCUGGUUUGUCAUCUACCACGAGCACUACAAGUACUGACUGUGUUUCUGAGGUAGAAAUCAUUGCUGAACCUUGCAGAGUUGAGCAAGAUUCAUCAGAUAGAAUGCAAACCACAGGUCUCUUAAAGGAGCAAGGUUUAACUGCAUUGCUAUCUGGUCUUGCUAAAGAAAAAGACCCUCAGAAAUCAUCUCUUUCAGUCCAGGUGGGCCAUCCUGACUUUUCUUCAGAAAAUUCUAAAAUGGUUGAUUCAAGUGUUGAUUUACAUCCCAAACAGGAGCUGUUACUGAUGAGCAGCGAUGACAGAGAUCCAGGACAGCAUCACUCCUGCAUCCCCGAUCAGGAGGUUAUUCAUGGCUCUUUGCUCACCAGCAGGCAGGCUGACUCUCCCAUGUCAACCAGCUCUGGCAGUAGUCGUAGUUUCUCAGUUGCAUCCAUGCUUCCUGAAACAACUAGAGAGGAUGUCACCAGCAAUGUAACAACUAAUACGUGUGACAGCUGUACCUUUGUAGAGCAAACUGAUAUAGUCGCUCUUGCAGCAAGAGCUAUUUUUGACCAGGAGAACCUCGAGAAGGGAAGAGCUGGCACCCAGGCUGAUAUAAGGGAAGUUACUUCAAAGCCUUCCGAAGCACCAUCUUUAGAGGGAGACCAGCCUUUCAAGACGCAGAUCUCUAAAGAGAAUGGCCCAGGUCAGGCAGAAGCAACACCAAAUGAAUUUAAUUCUCAGGAUUCAACUGAAGCAUCUGUGGACAGGCCCCUUGAAAAACCAAGUUGUUCUGUAGGAAUUAAAACAUCAAAUGCCUCUUUGCAGGUUUUGACUUCUCAGCCACCAAGCAUCACCAGUUUAAGUGUGAAUAAUCUUAUCCAUCAGAGCAGCAUCAGCCAUCCUCUUGUCAGCUGUGCGGGAUUAUCCCAAACUUCAGAGCAAACACCUGUUUCUGCUACAGUCAACCUGACUGUUUCACCUGGUUCCUAUGGCAGUCAGCCUCCUGGACCAUCUCUGAUGACUGAAUAUUCCCAAGAACAACUAAACACUGUGACUGGUACUGUACCAACUCCACAGAUUCAAGAGCCACUCUUAAAGCCAAGUCAAGAAAGCCGUAAAGACUCUGCUAAGCGUGCUGUCCAAGAUGACCUUCUACUGUCUUCAGCUAAACGUCAAAAGCAUUGUCAACCGGCCCCCCUCAGGCUUGAAGGUAUGUCACUGAUGACCCGAACUCCAGACAGCAUUUCUGAUCAAACUCAAAUGAUGGUUAGUCAGAUCCCUCCCAACUCUUCAAACUCAGUUGUGCCUAUUAGCAACCCAGCACAUGGAGAUGGCCUUACACGAUUAUUUCCACCUAGUAAUAACUUUGUGGCCCCUGCAUUGAGGCAAACUGAAGUUCAGUGCGGUUCUCAGCCUUCAGUUGCUGAGCAGCAGCAAACCCAGGCCAGUCAACAUCUACAGGCCCUGCAACAGCAUGUUCCAGCUCAAGGAGUGUCUCACCUGCAUAGUAACCAUCUCUACUUAAAGCAACAGCAGCAGCAGCAGCAGCAGCAGCAGCAGCAGCAGCAGCAGCAAGCAGGGCAGUUACGAGAGAGGCAUCACUUAUAUCAACUGCAGCAUCACAUACCUCAUGCAGAGAGCUCUGUCCACUCUCAGUCCCAUAAUGUCCACCAACAGAGAACCCUGCAACAGGAAGUUCAGAUGCAGAAGAAGAGGAAUCUUGUUCAGGGCACUCAGGCGUCACAGCUUUCCUUACAACCGAAGCACCAUGGGACUGACCAAUCCCGACCCAAGAGUGGUCAGCCACAUCCCCACCAUCAGCAGAUACAACAGCAGAUGCAGCAACACUUUGGAAGCUCCCAGUCAGAGAAGAGUUGUGAAAACCCUUCAACUAGCCGGAACCACCAGAACCAUCCCCAGAACCAUCUCAAUCAAGAUAUCUUGCACCAGCAGCAGGAGGUUGCAGGCAGGCAGCAAGGCUCAGGGGUUUCUUCUGAACAUGUAUCUGGGCAUAACCCAAUGCAGAGGCUCUUGACAUCAAGAGGCAUAGAGCAGCAGAUGGUGUCCCAACCAAGUAUUGUGACUAGACCUUCAGACAUGACCUGUACUCCACACAGACCAGAGAGAAAUAGAGUUUCAAGUUAUUCUGCCGAAGCACUCAUUGGAAAGACAUCUUCUAAUUCAGAGCAGAGAAUGGGUAUAUCGAUCCAGGGUUCUAGAGUUUCAGAUCAGCUUGAAAUGAGAAGUUAUCUUGAUGUACCGAGAAAUAAGAGUUUGGCCAUUCAUAAUAUGCAGGGUCGCGUUGACCAUACUGUUGCCUCAGACAUCCGCCUUUCUGACUGUCAGACAUUUAAACCAACUGGAGCCAUUCAACAGCCUCAGAGUAAUUUUGAAAUACAAUCUUCAAGAAAUAAUGAAAUAGGUAACUCUGUAUCAUCAUUGAGGACUAUGCAGUCUCAGGCUUUUCGAAUUAGUCAAAACCCUGGUCCACCACCAAUUGACCGCCAAAAGAGAUUACCUUAUCCUCCGGUUCAGAGCAUCCCAACAGCAAAUGCUAUCCCACCAAGGGACAGUGAAAACACAUGUCAUCAAAGUUUCAUGCAGAGUCUGCUUGCCCCUCACCUUGGUGAUCAGGUCAUUGGGAGCCAGAGAUCACUCUCAGAACGUCAGAGGAAUGCACAGUGUGGUCCAUCCUCUGCAAUUGAAUAUAGUUGUCCUCCAACUCAUGAAAGUGUCCAUAUUAGAAGAGAGAGUGAGAAUCAGAAUAGGGAAAGUUGUGACAUGUCCCUAGGUGCAAUUAACACCAGGAACAGCACCUUGAAUAUUCCCUUUUCAAGUUCUUCUUCCUCAGGAGAUAUUCAAGGUCGAAACACAAGUCCCAAUGUUUCUGUACAGAAGUCCAAUCCCAUGAGGAUUACUGACAGUCAUGGGACCAAGGGCCACAUGAACCCUCCAGUCACAACGAACAUGCAUGGUGUUGCAAGGCCCGCUUUGCCACAUCUAUCUGUGUCUCAUGGAAAUGCUGAUCAAGGGCCUCCUGUACGUCAAACGAAUUCUUCAGUUCCCCAGCGAUCAAGGCAUCCCUUGCAAGACAGCAGUGGUUCCAAAAUUCGUCAGCCUGAAAGGAAUCGUUCUGGAAACCAAAGGCAUAGUAAUGUCUUUGAUCCAAGUCUUCCCCAUCUUCCUCUAUCUGCUAGUGGCAGUAUGAUUCUUGGACGCCAACAGCCCACUACAGAGAAGAGAGGAAGUAUUGUUCGUUUCAUGCCUGAUAGCCCACAAGUACCUAAUGAUAAUUCAGCACCUGACCAGCAUACACUAUCACAAAAUUUUGGCUUUCCUUUUAUUCCUGAGGGUGGCAUGAAUCCACCAAUAAAUGCUAAUACUUCUUUCAUUCCACAGGUUACUCAACCUAGUGCCACUCGAACUCCAGCUCUCAUCCCUGUAGACCCCCAAAAUACUCUACCUUCCUUCUAUCCCUCAUACUCUCCUGCUCACCCUACACUGUCCAAUGAUAUUUCGAUCCCCUAUUUUUCUAAUCAAAUGUUCUCAAAUCCUAGCACAGAGAAGGUAAACAGUGGAAGUUUAAAUAACCGAUUUGGAUCAAUUUUAUCUCCUCCAAGACCUGUUGGUUUUGCUCAACCAAGUUUUCCUCUUCUCCCUGAUAUGCCACCAAUGCAUAUGACCAACUCUCACUUAUCCAAUUUUAAUAUGACAUCUUUGUUUCCAGAAAUAGCUACAGCUCUUCCUGAUGGCUCAGCAAUGUCACCUUUGCUUACAAUCGCAAACUCUUCUGCCUCUGACUCUUCCAAGCAGUCCUCAAACCGACCUGCCCACAACAUAAGCCAUAUUUUAGGUCAUGACUGCAGUUCAGCUGUUUAAAUACUGAUAGACUAAAUGUAAAUGUAACAGGGCUUGGUUAGAGCAGUGAACUCCGUGCAUACCUCUUCUAAAGACUCAGCAAAGGGUCAUCUGUGCCUCUCCAACUGUUCUUACCAAACUUUCCCAUCCGUUCUGGCUGCCGACUGGAGCAGCCUCCUGGGGACAAAAAAAAUACUGUCAGUGAGAAAAGUUUCCAUAUUUUCUCCCUUCAAGAUGGUCAUAGGAAGGAAUAGGAGAACAUCAUGAAUAAGUUAUUCAACAAGACCACAGGUAAACACAGUAGUUAAAAUUUUUGAGAAAAAAAAAAUGUGAGAUUUAUGACUUGUUCUUUAUCUUAACUGAUUUUUAAGCUUUAACAUUUAAGUUUUUAUUUGUACUUGAAAGGUCCAAUCUGCCAAAUUCAAGGAGGACAGUUUUUAGUGUGAUUGACUAUUUACUAUUUAUUAUAUUCUCUCUCUCUCUCUCUCUUACACACACACACACACACACACACACACACACACACACAGUGGCUAGUGAGUUCUAAAGAACUUGGGGCUCUGAAAUAUCAUUGGAACUAAGGUAACAAACUAAGGAGAAACUCAGUUUGAACACUGCAUUGCAAAGGCCUCAAAGCCUGGAACUUCCAGAUACUUCUCUAUUGCACUGAUUGCAUUUUUCUGCUCAGCUCUGGCAAGAGGCAGCAUUUACAUUUCUCAGAGCUUUCAUUCCAGGCAUGUAACACUUUGAUCCCAAAUGAGUCUUUACCCCUAAGUAAGGCUCGUUUGACCACCUGAGGAAGGGAAUGACCAUCUGCAAGUAAUUUGGCUCCUGCUCACAUGUAGCUCUAAUUAUCUGACAGAAAUGUGCAUAUAUAUGUGAGGUCAUUUUACAUAAGAACUCAAUUCUGAAAGUGUUCAGAGCAUAGUAAUCUUAUUUGAUAUAAAAGCACAAGUGUAUGAGAUUUACCAGCAGUAUUAAGUAUUUGAUCAUUAGAGCUGCAUGAUUUUGGGGUGGAAUUUAUUUUAGUACCUUGCAAUCUCUGGAUGUAAUUUUUGGCAAAGGAUUGGCAGAGAGCAUAGUCAAUUUUUGUUACAGUAAAUUUAAUGUUAUUCUUGGCUUGCUAAUAUAUGACUAUAGAAUGUAAAACCAUUUCUACAAAUAAUGUUUUAAUUUCUGGAAAUAUACAAACUUAUGUAUGAAUUGUAAUUGAGAGUCAUUGACUAAAUCAUUUUUCUCUUUUAGUGUUACUAAUCAUGUAGAAUCAGUUAUAGAAAGUCGUCGAUUUCUCUUAACAUUUAACCCAGUAACUCUAAUGAGGUGACAUUUUUCAGAUUUCUCAUCAUGUUUAAACUUUUAAUGUGUCAAUCAUGGAUAAAACAAAUCAAGUUUGAUGUAAUUUCUUUUUCUUUUUUUGGUACGAGCAGGUUGUUUGGGGAUGUUUUAUACCACUUCAGGAAAUUUAUUUUUGUUUUACUGUAAGACCCUUUGGGGGUACCAGAGAUGGCAACCUUUUUCUAAGUAAGGACUGAGCAUUCCAGAGUCAUCAUGCUUUAUAAAAUCUUACACAUCAGAACUGUGGAGAGGGAAGAAUGAGGAGGGGAUUUUGCAGCAUGUCAGGGUGAACUUCGGUGAGGCUCAACUUUUAAAAUCAGCCCUUUAAAAUACAAAAUUAUUUAAAUAAAAUAUUUAAAAUUAUUUUAAAGAUAAUUCCUUUGCCUUGCUCUUGCCUUCUAACAUUAGCCAUUUCCUGGAGAGGCUGAAAGUUAUACCCCAAAGAAAUGUGGGAAGGCAUUUUAGUGGGAGUAAGUUUUAAAAUUUUGAAGAAGGGUCAAACUUACAGAUAUGCAUCUUCUUAUCUGCAUCCUUCCUAGGUUACAUAGGUACCUAGGCUCUUAUUUUCUUCCAUCUGCUUCAUGUCAAACAGGUGGCAGGGAAUCUGGUCGUUUCCCUAGCACGAUGAUUUCUCCUUUGCCUUGAAACAUUAAUUGGGCACACCAUCUCUUGGGUCAGUGUGAGACAGGAAGUAAGUCACGCUCCCAAAUCAAUGAUUCCCAAUUCCUGGUUUUGGGAACCACUAUGUCUCCCACUGUAUGAAGCGACAAUAAGAAUUUCUUGAAACAAAAGUAAAUCAAAAUUGAUUUAAAAUAUUUAAUGUGCCAUAGAACUCUGUUUCUUGUUCUAAUGAGCCUCCCCCACCACCUCCAAUGGAGGACUGAAGAAAGGGCAAAGGUGGUCUCAAGAGAUGGCCUUGGAUUGCUAUCCUUGGGGACCUGGAAGUCAUUGUUAUAAAACUGUUGUCUAUAUAAACCCUGCCUUUUCCUGGAGAUAAUUGCCUGUAAUUUUGUACAUCCAGAGAGCAGUAGUAAUAGCCAGAGAAACUAGUGUGAAGUUAAUCUGUGAGUGAUGAUUUUAUGAUACCUAUAUGUACACUAAAGGCCAGAAAAUAGUUUCUUGAGAUUACUGUUUGGCUACCGUUUCUCCUUCACCAGAGUUCAACAGAAAAGGAUCUUUUUAGGGGACUCAACCAUAUUUUUCCCUGCAUUCUACACUUCCUGUGUGAGCCUGAGAGUGUUUCUACAUGAGUCUGUGGGAGACAUCAGGUGUAAGGUGAGGCAGUCCAGAAAUGCCAGUAGGAAGUGUUGAGGACCUUCUUGGACAGUUUCUUUCUAGUUCUGCUCACAUGCCUCUUCCCUGGUACUGCACUUUACCCAAAACUGUGCCUCUGGUCCCAAGACCAGCCAUUGGAACAUAUUAUUCACCCACUCCUCUGUUAUAGCCAAGGACCAGCCCGGAUGGUACAUGUCAGCUAAUCAAACACCUGGAAGACACGUACAGCUGAUGUUUCUCACUGUUGCCUUAUCAUUCUCUGAGCCAUCUCUGAUUCUAAUCUAGUAAAAAACUUACUAGAUAGAAGCAAGACUCCUUUUAAACUCAGAGCUUGUAUGUGAUGGUCAUCCAACAUUCUUAUUUCUAGAUUUGUGUAAGCCCCAUCAACUGUAAUCUUUUUGUGUCUUGUGCAUGUAUUCAGAUGCUGCAUAAACAUGAGCCAACUUGCUUUGAAAAUAUUGGGUAUAAUAUCCAAAUUGGUGUUAUUUUGGAUGACUGCACAAUCAUUAGAGCUUUCAUGAGACAUACAACUUAACUAUUUGCGAUUUAAUCUUUUUAAAAAAAGGUUAUUUUUGUGUGUGUGGGCCCAGUUGUGUGUUCAGGUAUACAUCAUACUAUGUCAUAGGAACUUAAUGUUUACUCCAUCUAGAUCCCCUCUUCACUUUUCUGGAUCUCUGUUCCCCAUCCGCUCAGUCUUAAAUCCAUUUUUCAUCUGUGAGGUCAUUGAGGCACUGGACUUGAUUAUAUUGGUAACCUUUAAGGGGAGUUGAACUGUUGAUCUUCCAAGAAGAAAGGGACCAGACAGUGUUGCUUAAAAUGCUGCAGUUGUGUUACUGUGAAGAAAAGAUUUGCUUCCACUUUUAGCAGGCCAUAUAUAUAUACAUUUUGGUAAAAAAUAGGUGGAAAAGUCUGAGAAUAUAAUUACCUUCACAAACUAUUUAUAGAUACACUGGGCGAAGCUUACUGUAGGGCAGUCACCAGAAAAUCUAACUGUAGUGCUUUCUAUGGUGUAAUAUUUGUAUCUAUUUUCAUGCCAGCAAUGUCCGCUGUGCACUGUGUCCUAUUACUGUAAAUCACCUGGUUUAUAAUUCGAAUGGGAACUAACUUGUUUUGUAAUGGAGUCCAGAGCAGAUAUGUAUAAUAUGAUCAGGAUUGUCCUACAGUUGUAAAUAAGAAUAGGUCCUGUUUAUUUUGACAUCUUUUUACAAAUGCAUUGUAUUAGGGUGUGAAUAUUCUGAACCAUGCUCUUGUUUAAAGUUUUGAAAUUUU